CACUGUAAACAUUUUAACUGGUCCUUCUAGGUAUACGUGUGAUUUUUUUUUAAACAGCUUCACUCAUUUCAUCGAAAUUGGCAGCAUUAUAACUUUUUAAUAUUUGCAUGGUUUUCAAUUGUUUCAUCAUUUCUCCAAUUAGAUUCUUUUCAGCUUUUGUCCAUUAUAAACCAUAUCGGCUGGCAUGCCACUGCAAACAUCUUUAUGUACACAUACAAAUAGUUCCUUUAAUCCCAGCAGUGGAGUUUCUGGUUUGCAGGGUUUUGGGGGUUGCAGGGUUUAAAUGAUGCUUCGCAAGUUCUAAAUUUGGACUGACCUAGUGUCUAUUUCCCUGUGCCCUUGCUAACAUGGGGCAUCACUGUUCUUUUAGAUCUCCCAAUUCAGUCACUGUAAAAAGAUUGUUUCUGGUUGCUUUAACAAGCAUCCUCUCAAUCAGUAGUGAAGGUUAGUAUCUUUUGAAAGGUUAUUUCUAUUUUUUAGUGAGCUGCCCUUGCUCAGCUUUCCCUUGGUGAAGUAGAAACCCUCGCUUUCAGAGGCAAAAAACCCAAAGUUGAAAGAUGGCUUUUCAGUUACAGAAAUUGGGAUUCAAAACAAAACAAAGCUCUGUCACUUAAUAACCGUGAAUUUGGGCAAAUGAUACGACCCCUGAGCAUCGGUUUCCUGAGCUGUUGAAAAGAGAACUCCAUUGCAGGACAGUGCUGAGGAUCAGUGAGUGGUGUGUAUAAAGCCUCCAUCACAUCCGAGUUCUCAGUGUAUGUUUGUCGUUGACCAGCUGCGGUGGUCAUGAGUCCCCUCCUGCCCAGCUCCGAUGCUGAAGGAGGAGGAGUGGCACAGGGCGUCCAGGUAUGAGAGGUUCUGACUGGGAAACGAGUGGGAAGUUGUCUUGGCUCGGGAAAGCCCGGCGCAGCUUUACAGUGGCAGGAGCUGCCAGGCUCAGUCCGUGUGGUUUUCAGUCUUUGUGUCUAGGAAGUUCAGGCAGAAUCCUGGGGGCUCGAAGGAGGUUCUGUUUGGUUGGCGUGGCCCUUUCUCAGCCCCGAAAAGUUGUACUAGAGAAAGGAAGAACUGCCCGGGACAAGUCUGAAUAAUAUUAGACCACACUGCCAGCUGUGGAACUAGCCUGAGAUCCUGCAGAAGUAUCUGGUCUUCUACACCACGCCCAUCAUUGUGUAUUGGGUUUCUUCAGACUCCCUGAACUCCCCUCAGGUCUGGCUUAUCUAAACUGCAGUUCUCCAACGGAAAGCUUGAGAGGGGCCGACCAGUUUGAAACGAUGGCCCAUGGUUCAGUGACAUUCAGGGACGUGGCCAUAGACUUCUCACAGGAAGAAUGGGAAUUCCUGGACUCAGCUCAGAGGGACUUAUAUAGGGAUGUGAUGUGGGAGAAUUAUAGCAACUUCAUUUCACUAGGACCGUCCAUUUCUAAACCAGACGUGGUAAAAAAAAAGAAAGAGCCGAUGGUUGUAAGAGAAGGGAUAAGCAGACACUACCCUGAUUUGGAGUCCAGAUACAGGAUCAAUACUUUCUCUCCAGAAAAGGAUAUUUAUGAAAUAUAUUCAUUCCACUGGGAGGUAAUGGAAAGAAUUAAAAGCUAUAGCCUUCAGGACUCCAUUUUUACAAACGAUUGGCAAUGCAAAAGCAAGAUUGAGGGGCCAAAGGAACCACAAGAGGGAUAUUUUGGGCAAGUGAAAAUUACUUCCGAAAAAAUGACCUCUUACAAAAAGCAUAAUUUUCUUGCUGAAUAUCAGAGAAUUCACAAUGGAGAAAAGUUAUAUGAAUGUAAGGAAUGUAGGAAGACCUUCAUUCGUCGCUCCACACUUAGUCAGCACCUGAGAAUUCAUACUGGUGAGAAACCUUACAAAUGUAAGGAAUGUGGGCAGGCUUUUAGACAGCGCGCGCACCUUAUUCGACAUCACAAACUUCAUACUGGUGAGAAACCCUAUGAGUGUAAGGAAUGUGGGAAGGCUUUUACAGUGCUCCAGGAGCUUACUCAACAUCAGAGACUUCAUACUGGCGAGAAGCCCUAUGAAUGUAAGGAAUGUGGGAAGGCCUUUCGAGUACAUCAGCAACUUGCUCGCCAUCAGAGAAUUCACACUGGUGAGAAACCCUACGAAUGUAAGGCAUGUGGGAAGACCUUUAGGCAGUGUACACACCUUACUCGACAUCAGAGACUUCAUACUGCUGAGAAGCUCUACGAAUGUAAGGAAUGUGGGAAAGCCUUCGUAUGUAGUCCAGAUCUUAGGGUACAUCAGAAAAUUCAUUUUGGUGAGAAGCCCUAUGAAUGUAAGGAGUGCGGAAAGGCUUUUAGAAUAUGCCAGCAACUUACUGUCCAUCAAAGUAUUCACACUGGUGAGAAACCCUAUGAAUGUAAGGAAUGUGGGAAGGCCUUUCGGUUAAGACAGCAACUUGUUCGCCAUCAGAGAAUUCAUACGCGUGAGAAGCCCUACGAAUGCAUGGAGUGUUGGAAGACCUUCAGUAGUUACUCACAACUUAUUUCACAUCAGAGCAUUCAUAUUGGCGAGAGACCUUAUGAAUGUGAAGAAUGCGGGAAGGCCUUCAGACUGCUCUCGCAACUGACUCAGCAUCAGAGCAUUCACACUGGUGAGAAGCCUUACGAAUGUAAGGAAUGUAGAAAGCCUUUUAGACUCCUCUCCCAGCUGACUCAGCAUCAGAGUAUUCAUACUGGCGAGAAACCUUAUGGAUGUAAGGAAUGCGGUAAGGCUUUCAGACUUUAUUCAUUUCUCACUCAACACCAGAGGAUUCACACAGGUGAGAAACCCUACAAAUGCAAGGAAUGUAAGAAGGCCUUUAGACAGCAUUCACACCUUACUCAACAUCAGAAAAUUCAUAAUGGAAUUUAAUACAAGAAAGCUUUCGAAUUUAUAGCAUGGUACAGAACAUCAGAAAGUUAACUUUUGAGAAAAGUUGUUUCAUGCUCACAUCUAAGCGUAAGAAAUUGUACGUUACAGAAAAAAGCGCUUUGAAAGCCAUCCUUCACCAUUCAAACAUUGUUUAUCUUAAGCAAAUUUAUGUGAGAGAAUAAUAACGAAUGUAGGAAAAUUUUUAGCUUUAUCGUUUCCAUUUCACUCUUACUAGUGUGUUACUAGACAAGGUACUUAAACUUCUGUGCCUCAUUUUGCUCACUUGUAAAAUAGCGAUAACAGUACCCGUGUAUGUUAUUUAUUGGUCUGUAAUAAGUUAUCACAGCUUAAUAGCUUAAAAUAAUACACACUUAUUAUCUUGCAAUUUCUAUAGGUCAGGAGUCUUGGCAAACUUAGUUGGGUUUUCUGCUUCAGGGUCUCAAGGCUAAAAUUAAGGUUUUUGCUGGGGCCGAGUCUCAACUAAAGCCUCUGCUGGGGAAGGGAUCCACUUCCAACCUCACGUGGCUUUUGGCUGAAUGCAUUUUCCUGAGGACUAUUGCACUGAGGUCCUCGGUUUCUGACUGACUGCGGGCUGAAGGUUGACCUUCAGUUCCUUGCCACAUGGGCCUCUUCAGCAUGGCUGCUUACUUCAUCAAAGCAUGCAAGCCAAGAAGGCAGUAAGAGUCUGCCAGCAUCAUAGAAGUUGUAAUCUUGCCUAGUCUAAUCACUGAAGUGAUAUUUCAUCACUUUUGCUGUCUUCUGCUGUCUAGAAGCCAAUUACUAGGUUGCCCCACACUCAAGGGAAGAGGAUUACACAAGAGUCUGAAUACCAGGAGGCCGGGACCAUUGGGGCCAAUUCAGAGUCAGCCUGCCACACUGUAAUAGAUUUGUAAGGAUUAAGUAGUUGAUAACUUGGAAAAAUAGCAGCCACAUAGCAUGUUUUUUGUAAAUAUGUGUAAUUGUUGUCAUCACUAGUAUCAGUGAAGUCAUACAAUAGGGAUGUUCCAUAGACAGACAAUGUAGAAAAGCCUCCCGUCGGGCUGCUCAGCACUUAGUGAAUUUAAGAUAAUUUAUUCUGGAUAAAAUCUAGGAGGUUGUAUCGAAUGUGAGAAGUUCUCCAUCACGUAAACCGCAUCAGAAAUUUCAUGCUGAAAACCUUAUGAAUUUCAUGAAUAUGAGGUUAUUAAGAGUACUUAAGAAUCAAAGAGAAACGUGACAUUAUUUUCCCAUAAUAAAGUCCCAAAAGUAAAUGUUUUAUAAUCCCUAUUGUCUGAGUACCAUCCAAGAUCAAUUAGAAACUAUCAAAGAGAUGGCGAAAAGGAAACUAACCACUUGGAAAUUUAAUAAUGUCUGUGCAUGUUCAUGUGUGUGUAUUUGUGUAUAAAACUCCUGUAUAAAAGAAAACAUCAUUUUAUUAAAGAUUGUACUUUAUCUUGUUCACAUUGCUCCGUCAGCCAGUGGAAAUUGGGUCUUUACGUGACCCCACUAGUAGUUAUACAGUUUCUUGGUUGUGGCUGUACAGUUUGGUCAGCUAUUGAUGAUGCUUGGGUACCAGCUUAUUCUGAUAAGUAAGUGGGGGAAUCAUUUAUUUUGCUUUUCCCAUGUGAACCAAGUUUUAUGGCCACCAAAAGCUCAUCAGAGUGGCUUUUAAAUCUAACGAGUAAAUAGAUUGAUAGGGUUAGGAAAAUCACAAUUUUCUAGUUUCCUACUGGAAUAAUGGGUCAAGAAAAAUGAUCUUCAACGGAUAUUAAAACUAUUACGUGAAAGAUUUUAUAGUGAGAACAUUACAGUGGAUUUAUCAAGCUGAACACUUCUGAGCCCUGUGAUCAAUUUUAACCUCUAUAAAAGGAGACUGUUAGACAGUAUGUACCACCUGAUAUAAUGCAGUAUAACACACCGCUACUUACAGAGCCUUAUUGCCAGAAUUAUGAACUGAAGGAAUGAAACACAUAAGUCCGAUUCUUUGAACCAAGAAUUUGGAGAAUAGAUGAACAAAGCAAUGGCACCACAAGGAAGCAGCCAAGCAGAUCCAGAUGUGCAAAAUUCUACAAAACAACAUGCUUUCCCCAACCAAGUGGCGUGAAAAAGAAAAGAAAGGCACUGUUAACAGAUUAAAAGAGACGUAAGAGGCAUAUCAACUAAAUUCAAUGUGUGGGCAUUACCUAGUUUGAACAAAAUGUAAAAAGACAUUUUGGAGACGAUGGAGGAAAGGUGGACAUGCACUGAGUAUUAGAUGAUAUUUAGAAAUAAUAAUUUUGUUAGGGAUGAUAAUAUCAAUGUGAUUAUUAAGAAAUAAGAGCUCCCGUGUGUUAGAGAUACAUGCUUACAUGUUUAUGAAAUGACAGAAUAUCCAAAUUUAAAAAAAGAAUUGGCAAAGUGAACUGGAAAAGAAAUUGGCAAAAUGUUGAUAAUUAUGGAAGUGGAGUGGUUUGUAUGUAUGUGGGGGUUCACUGUUCUAAUAUUUCUACUUUCCUGUGUGUUUGAAAGUUUCAAUAAAAUGUUUAAAAUCAAAACAAA